CCACGAUUUCCUAUAUAAAUCUGCUUGGCCCGCUUGCCUCGAAUUUUCGGCAACUCGCAUCAUUUGUAACGUUCCUUGUGGCUUCUUGGCAUACCUUGCCGAAGUCCUUCCGACGCAUCUUGUGCGAUUUGUCUACUUUCUGCGCAUUUAUAAGUAGCCUUUGCUCCGACAUGUAUGACCCUUUACUUUUUACACCUUUUAUUCUCUUGAGCAAAAGCAUCAUUAUCGAUCGUCAUUCGAAACAUAAACCCCGAUCAAUAGCAUACUCUAAUUAUAAUAUGCAUGAUUUUGGAAAAAUACGACCAUUGCUGCAGCGAUGGUUUGCUCGCAAUUCUUUAUUGCCCUAUCGCACUUGAUACGCAAAGAAAGAAGCAGCGAUUAUUGCGAGGCGUUAAUUUCGAUGCUUGGUAAUAUUCUGUGCGGACUAUAUGCUUCUUAUCAACGGCCAUUCGGAUCGAUAAUAAUCGUUCCAAGCGAGACCGAUAAAUAUCUAGCGAGCACGAUUUUCGUCCAUUCGCUAGUUUUUUUUUCUACCAAGGCGAAAGCAAUCGAAUCGAAAAAUGUACCCAUUACUCUCGGUUUAAUACGAGACGCUCACACAAGCUCGGCAAAAGAAAGUUCGAAAAAUUGCGCUGAUGCACUUUCGGACGUGUCGUAUAAAGUGCAGAGCUGUAGAGAGUCGUGCAAGUUGUGCUCAAGCGAGAACAGGUGGCGACACCAUCCUACAAGAUUCAAAUUUCAACGCAUGGUUCGCGUGCAGUGCAGAUUCACAUUUCACGAUUCACGCGCGCAGUCGGCAGCAGUGCCCGCAUCUCCGCAACGAGUCAGAGAGUAAAGAGAUCUCGUCUCUGUUGGCCACUGCUGCCCGCUUGUCAUGGUUUUGUAAUCACGAAAUAUAAUGAUGGCGUAAGUCUAUCUUUGUACAGGCACUUAUCGAAAGCCGAGAGCUUUGCGCUGUCUCGAGUUGGCGGCAGCGGCUGCUGGCUUAUCUCGGCGUGCGACACUCGGCGCUCGCUCGCGUCUCCAAGUUUAUCGAAAUCGCCUCGAGUUUCUUGGCGAAAUUUCUCAAAACUUUUGCUCUGUGACUCGCUCGCGACACUGCAUCUUUUACUGGUUUUCUUAUAUCCCUUCGCCCUGUCCUCGCGCGCGACAUUUUCACAACGUGCUGUAGCAUACAAGCUCUUGCGACGAUGCCCGGAUUGAGAUGUACAGUAGCCGUCUGCAACAACAGUUACGAAAAGACAAAAAAAGCGGGCAUGAAUAUAAGGUAUCACACUUUUCCCAAAAAACAACCCCUCAAGAAUAUUUGGAUUCAAAAAUGCAGGAGAGCUGGUAGAUGGAAUCCAAACUCGUGUCAUGUAUGCUCUAUUCAUUUUACCGACGACGAUUACAAGCCCUCCGUUCAAUCUGAGCUCUUGAAUAGCCCUUCUGUUGGAAAAAAAAGAUUAAAACCCACAGCCGUACCUUCGCUUUUCCUCACUGAACCGCCGCCUAUCAAAUUUAAGGGCCCUUAUGCUUCAGGGACUAGAAUGAAAUUAUUUAAUGGUAAUUAUUUUGAGGCAAAUGAUAAAGAUGAUAAUUCCAGUACACCCGGUUACAAUCGCCAAGAUGAGUGUAUUGAUAAAAAUAUGAAAAAUCAAGUUAUAUCGGCAGAAACAGAGCACGUAGUUUGUGAAGUACAAGUUAAUUAUGAUAAUCAGAAUGAACGUAUUGAUUCAACCUAUGAGAAUCGCGACAUGAAAAUGAAAAAUCAAUGUACACAAACUGAUUUCGUGGAAAUCUAUAAAUUAUUAAAAGAUAAAAUCGAAGACCUUGAAUGUCAAAUUGGCAAAUUUAAUAGCAAAUAUAAAAAAUUAUUAUUUAGAAAUCGUAGUUUGGAAAAUAUUUUAUACAAAGUAGCUUCAUCUUCCAAAUAGUUCAUGAAUGAUACUUUUUAUUAAUUUUUAAAACAACUUUAAUUAAGCUCACAACUUAAAUACUCAUUAAAAAUAUUAUUGUUGAGCAAUUUGUUUUAUCGAGAAAUUUCUUGUUAGUGUUGAAAAUAUAAAACACCGUUGCCUAUUCAGUAGUGAGU